AUGACCGAACCAUACGUCAUCAGCAUCUCGUCCGAUGAAGAGCCCGACGACGAUGUGGAGGUGCUUGAGUUCCGCAAACUGACUCAGCAGCUCAUUGCAAAGGCACCGCCAAAGGUUGUCAAGAAACUCGCCCAGGCCGAGUGUCCCAUCUGUUUCGAUGAGAUCACCAACGCCACCGCCACGCUUUGCGGUCACGUCUAUUGCUUGGAGUGUCUCCAGCGGAGUCUAUCAGCAUCUUCAGCCCGCGGCCAGACCAGAGGUCGCAAAGGGGUGGGUCUAUGUCCCAUGUGUCGAAAGACUGUCGCAUUUAAGGACGCCGUAGUGUUACGUCUCAAAACUGGCCUACAGGUGUGUCCUCCACUGCUUGACGAGGAGAAGGGAGAGAACCCUGAGGGUAAUGAGUCCAAUGGAAUAGGGCCACAUAGCCAUGAAAAGACGGACGCUACAGAUUCGGACGAUGAGCUCAUCACUGGGUUAUUCUGA